UACCAGGAACCACAACUUAUGUCUAACAUGUCACAACUAACAUGUCUUCAGAUCACAUAAUCUCCAUUGUCUUGGAGGACAAGAUCUUUGAGGUGAACAAGAAGAAGCUGAUGGAGAAGAGUGACUACUUCCAUGCACUGUACAGCUCUGGCAUGAGGGAGUCCACAGAGGACUCCAUGCAGCUGCUGGGCCUCAGCAUCCGCAGCCUGGUGCUGGUCCUGGACUUCAUCAACACCUCCAAAGUGGAGUUUGCCAACGAGACCCUGGAGGAUUUGGUCGACGCUGCUUCCUACCUUCACCUUUAGAGUAAUCAUGAAGAAUUUACCUAAACGCUUGCAGUUCAUGCACUGGAGUGGCUGAAGAGUGACCAAUGGCCAGGGGCGGCCGUGGCCACCCUGUAGCUCCACCACUGCCGAGAACUCCUACCAGUCGGACAUGUCCUGAACACCUCCCCAGGGAGGCGUGCGGGAGAUAUCCUGACCAGAUGCCCCGUGACAACCCAACUCUUUCCUCUCAGAGUAGCAGCGGUUCCCCAAGUUUCUCUCGGAUAACAGUGCUUCACACGUUAUCUCUUUAUGACGGGAGAGCCCAGCCACCCUAUGGAGACCCGCCAUCUUGUCCUUUCAGCCACUACCCAAAGCUCAUGACGAUAGGUUUUUAUGAACUAUUUAAAGUGUAAUCUCCAUUAUGACUCCCAAGGCAGUGAGUCAGACUCGUCUGGUGGCCACAUGUGAAAGUGAAAGUGGAGUUAAAAUUACACAUUUUAAGGCGCCCAGUGGAGAAAUCCCCAAUCUUAUUCCAGCAAGGGCAACAGAAGGGCCACAACCUGUCAAACUGGAUUGGGUGCUGCACAUGCAUCUGUUGCUGGUUCUCUCCACCGCCCAAUAAGAGUUCCUUGAUGGGCUGAACAUGACUAUAAAUGGUUUGCUGCUGUCUGGUGCCAUGCAAAUAAAACCUAACAAAGGGUUAGUAACACCAGGAAACACAACUUAUUCCAACAUGACUUCAGAUCAGAUCACCACCAUUGUCUUGGAGAACAAGAUCUUUGAGGUGAACAAGAAGAAGCUGAUGGAGAAGAGUGACUACUUCCAUGCACUGUACAGCUCUGGCAUGAGGGAGUCCACGGAGGAUACUGUGCAGCUGCAGGGCCUCAGUGUCCCCGGCCUGGAGCUGGUCCUGGACUUCAUCAACACUUCCAAAGUGGAGUUUGCCAAUGAGACCCUGGAGGAUUUGGUCGAUGCUGCUUCCUACCUUCAGGUCACCUCCAUCCUCAAGCUCCUCACUAGUGUAGAGAUCUGCCUGGAUAACUGCAUGAAGCUCUACAGCCUCUCUGAGGUUCAUGGGAUGAAAGACCUGCAUCACGCCUGCCUCAAGUACAUGAGUUGCCACUAUCACCCCGUUAUGAGGCGACCCGAGUUCAGCAGCCUGCCCUCCACCGUCAGGGACCAGAUGAGAGAGAUGCGCAUGAGGGGCACCGCCACCCUGGUGGCCAUCAGGAACUCCAAAACUCACAGAGAGAAUGAGUGUAAUCCAUACAAGGCCAUAAUUAGGUACGAAGAGGUGGAUCGGUACUGGAGGCCUCUGGCCACCAACUUGCCUGAAGACUUGAUCAAUGUCAGAGAAUACGCAUGUGCUGUUCUGGACAACUACCUCUUCAUCGCCGGUGGGGUCAGGGGCACUAACAAGACAUUGAAGGAGAUGUCUGCCGUGCACUGCUACAACCCCUGCACGAACGAGUGGAACCAGACGGCACCGCUCCACCAGGCAAGGUGUGAAUUCAAGCUGCUGGCCGUUCAGGGGAAUCUGUACGCCGUGGGGGGCCGGUCUCUGGGCACGGUGGAGUGUUACAACCCUGUGAAUGAUGUCUGGACUUGUGUGGCUUCCAUGCCUGACCCGCUGGUCAAGUUCUCAGCCUGCGAGUGCCAGGGGAUGAUCUACGUCAUUGGUGGAUACACCACACGAGGUGGGUGCUCUUGUUUUUGUACCAAGAUCAAAAAGAUAACAACAUUUGCCUGUCAGACAGACGAGAAAGCCAAGCUCCUCCGCUACUGCCCCACCUCUGACACUUGGAUGACGGUCGAACUAUGCUCCAUGUACGCCUGUGAGAUGCACUCAGUGGAGGACAUCAUCUACCUGGUGGGAGGCUAUGAAACUACAAAACCGAUGACCAGAUGGAAGAACCUUUGGCAGUUGCACCAUCCCGAUCCGAUGAAUGCGGUCGCCAUGGGGUCCUACAACAUCACCACCGGCGAGUGGCUCCACAUGGUGAAGAGGCCGAAUCAAAGCCCGAUGUCCACGCUCCACAACAACAGCAUCUACAUCAUAAGCCAACAGUUCAACUCGCACGACAGAUUCAAUUGCAGCCAUUUCCUUAAGUACAACAUCUUCUUCAACACCUGGGAGACCUUCCGGUGCUUCCGGGAUCUAGACGAGAUCAGGCUGUUGUGCUCGCUUUACCUCCCCAACGACAUGGAACACUAGCUGGGACCAUGCAGUGUCAGCACAGGCCAGUUGGGGGCGUGCUUGCACUAGUAACUCUAACCCAAACAGACAACGCUAACUUCCUUACAGCUGAGGUUGAAUUGCUUUCGUCUGUUACCUCAGAAGUACCCAGCCCAGGCGAUGGAUGAAGGCCAGACAUUCGUAGGCUUCUACUCCACCUGUGACCAGCGUUGUGAACAUUGGUCCAGUCUUCUACACACUUCCUGCUUGUGUCACAUGCUCUAAUCAUUACGCUGACAUCAUGACGGGACAAUAUUUACCACGCAGGACCACAAAAGAAGAGUUUCCAUCACGAAAGUGAAAAGAAACAAACUUUUUGUUUUGUUUUGUUUUACAUCAAAGGACAAAUAUGAGCGCAGAAAGCAACAUUUCAGCUUUUAUUUCCAGGUAGUUACGUCUGGAUUUUUUUGAGUGGGUUCCCAUGAAAUAAAAACAACAACAACAGCAAAAAUGGAACAAUCUGCAGUAAUUUUAUCAGAAUAAUGUCAAAAUAUGAAGAAAAAAGUGGUAAUUUUACAAGAAUAAACUCGUAAUAUAAAGAAAAAUAAUGUCAUUUUACAGAGUUGAAAUAUUAAAGAAAUGUUAUUUUUUAAAAGUAGUAAUAUGAGAAACAAACAAAACAACAAAUCGAGUUGUAAUUAGGUUGCGGAAAAAGUUAUGCUACAAGAACAGAGUCAAAAUAUUAUGGGAAUAAGAUCAUAAUUACGAGACGAUAAUUUACAAAAGAAAGUUUAAAUAUUUGGAAAAAACAACAGCAGAAAUGUAAAAACAAAAACAGCUCUAAUUUUACUAAAAUAAAAUCCAACUAUGAAGACAAAAAAGUCACAAUUUUACAAGAAUAAACUCAUCAUAUUAUGAGGAAAAAUAAUGUCAUUUUAAAGUCAUUUGAAAGUCCCAAUGGUCACAAAAGUGACCGUAACAAAUGUUUCAUUUCUAAGGCAAAAAAUAUACAUAAAUAAAUAAAUAUAUAUACUGAAUGAUCUAUCAAUGCAUUUCCAGCUGAUAUUGAAAUAAAAAGCGGUUUUAAUGAAAUAUGUGCAGUGUCGCAUGUUUACUGUAAAUUGUCACACGGUCAGAGACGUUUACUUCCUGUUUGGGCCAAGAGAAGAAGAUGGCAGCAAGAAAGCUCCCAAAGAAAAGGUUAGUUAGGUAUGUUAACACAAAGA